CGACAAACCAUCAACCCAGGCACGACACAGACCCAAAUCUACGAAUGCGGGCGAUGUCCAUUAAUUAUCUCAGGCUUGGAACUCUACAUCGACUGUAUCCCGCCGGUACUGCCGCACCUGAGGCCAGCAGAGCUCAUCCCGACACCUUACCUCAACCCUAACCCUUCCACCUCCACCACAAUGGACAUAACGGAACUCUCCUCCUCCCUCUGGCACACUCUCGGCCUGCAAAACAAGCAAACCCUCUACCUAGCCCUCUCCAUCCCCCUCCUAGCAAUCACAACAGCCACAGCCCUCCGCACCCUCUCCUCCUCCUCCCCCAACCCACACCCCUCCCAACCCCCCUCCAUCCUCCGCGCUCCAGACCCAUCAACCCAGAAAGAAGACCCAGACGACCUCCCGUACCCCCCCAACGCCCUCCCCGGCGCCCGCGACGUCCCAACCCCCUACGGCAGCAUCCGCGUCUACGAAUUCGGGCCCGAGAAUGGGCGCAAAGUCCUCUUCAUCCACGGCAUUAGCACGCCGUGCAUCGCGUUCGCAGGCAUGUCGCGUCUCCUAGUCGAAGAGCGUGGGUGCCGCGUCAUGCUUUUCGACCUGUUCGGCCGGGGGUACUCCGACACUCCUGAUCCGCAAUUCCAUCGCCAGGAUAUGGCGCUCUGGACGAGCCAGAUUUUGCUUUGCUUGAGUUCUAGUCCGCUUGCUUGGUGUGGGGGUGGUGAGCGCUUUACGCUUGUCGGGUACUCGCUUGGUGGCGGGAUUGCGACUAGUUUCGUCUCUUGGUUCCCGGAGUUGGUCGAGGGGUUGGUGCUCGUUGCGCCUGGGGGCUUAUUGCGCAGAGAGCGGGUGGCGGCGUCGAGUAAAUUGCUGUACGGGAACUUACUACCGGAUUGGUUGGUGAGGUGGGCUGUCGGCCGGCGGUUGAAAGGGAGCGCAAGUCCGCCUGGCAUCGGGCGGAAGCGGGAAAAGGGAGCAGAGGAGAACGACACCACGGGAGCGGGUGACGCAGCAGAGGCGGAAAUCCCAGGCCACCCAGCGAACGCCGCCGACUCGACGGCGCUCAUCUUCCCCGAUCGCCCGAAGGUCUCCAUCGCGAAUGCCGUGGCGUGGCAGGUCGAUGCCCACCCAGGCUUCCUGAAGUCCUUCAUCUCCUCUAUCAAGUACGCGCCCGUCAGUUUCGAGCACGAGCGCUGGCGAAGUGUAGGCAGACGGUGCUCCGCGCGGAGAGCAGCGGCCGCGGCGGCGGAUCCUUUUGACGACGAGACGUUGCCUGGUCUGGAGCAGAACCAGGUGCUGAUUAUUUUCGGGGCGCAGGAUGAGGUGAUUAUUGCGGAGGAGACGGGGGAGGAUGCGACGGCCGUGCUGAGGAGGGAGAAUGUGAGGAUUGUGAAGUUGAAGGGCGGGCACGACGUUCCGGUGGUGAAUAGCAUAGGGUGCGUGGAUGCGAUUUUGGAUUUCUGGGAUGAUAGUCCUGUGUAGAUGGGUUGUAUAGAAUAGAUUGAGAUAUAUACA